ACCCACCUUUUGGAGCAUUGCUCUCUUCUCCAUUCCAUGUCCUGCAUGACACUCAGGUUAAGGCUUCCAACUGCUACAAAAGCAUGGAAGAGCUUCACUUCUACACUUGGUAAACUUCGUAAGAUUCGUAGCUCCAAAGCCAUGAAGAAACCCAGAAAGUAUCCAAAAACUGCCACUAAGACAGUUGUUACCAGGACCCCUCCUAAGUUCCUUGCUACCAAGCGUUUUCGCCGCAAAAGGUUAGCCACAGUCACAAGUUUCAUCUACGGCUUCCACAAAAAGCCUAAACCUGUUUACAUAGAUAAGCUUUUUAAAGAGCCUUCAUGUGAGUUGGUGGAGCACUUGAAGCCACAAACAGCAUACAAAUCACGAACUGAAAAGAGGGCAACGCUCCCUUAUGAGGCUAGGGAAGGAGGAGUGGCAGGAACAAGCAAGGAAGGUGGAUCAAGUAAACCAUGCACGUCAGACUCAGAUGCUAUGUGGGAGUCAUUGGCAUUAGCCUCUCCUCUAAUGCAUGGAAUAGAUGAAAGAGCGGAGGAGUUCAUCGCUAGAUUCAGAGAAGAGUUGGCUGAGCAAGAGAUCUUAGCAAGAAAUUUGUAGUACUUGUUCUAGCUAGCUACUAGGUAUCUAUUGUUGCAAAAAACUAGAAUCUCAUCACAGUAAUAGAUGUAAAUAAAGAACCCAAGAAACAAAGCCAUCUUGUUUUUCAAGUAUAGGUAUAACUAAGAUCUACUAGAUUGUUAAUGACCAGUCUGUAUGGACAUUCUAUCAACUGUAUCAAUUAUUGUAGUCAGACAUCAUGAACGAAACGAAAUACGUGCGUCACGAUUAAGUCUUUAGCAGCAUAAAGGUCUUACCAGCAUAACCCAGAACAGGAAUUUUUGUGGAACUCGCAAUGUAAGAUACAAGUUUGUUGCUGCCUCUUGUAAGUUCCUUUCCCCCUUGCUAGAACUGAGCCAUCUGAAUCUACGAUCCCUUCUUUCUCUUGGUACUUGGUGCGUUGACCCUUUUACAAACUGAAAGCUCUCACCUGUAAUCUGUUGCAAGAUACAUAGAUGAGCAAAUUUUGCUAUGCAAAUAAAUUAAUGCAGAGACACUUU